CAUUGAUACACUUUGACCAACUGAAGCGGGUGUUCAAAGCAUCAUGAAGGUUAUGUUUACUUUCGAUAAUGGCUGAAAGUGCGCACUAAUGUACGAAACACACAAGAAAUAUGAAGUUCAGGGGUAAGAUGACGGAGGUAUUAUGUAUAAAGCAGUUUUCAAAUAUAAUCGGAGCCUUGGCAAAACUGGCGAAAGACUGCAAGUUGCGAAUAACACCGGACAAGAUAUUUUUCACUGUGUCGGAUGGUUCGACUCUGGAGCGACCAUUGGCAUAUUGUAUUAUAGAACAGGCCCAUUUCUUCAACGAGUAUACAGUGGUCGGUGUCUCCAACACACACAACAUGAUAUGUUUAAUUUUUUCGCCAGACCUACUGGCGCGGGCUACGGCCAACUUGAGGACAUCAGCGAGUACUAAAUCAGUGAAAAUGAAACUGACCAACAAAAUGUCACCUUGCCUCACUUUUGAGAUAGAAUCGGGACAAUCACGGCUUUGUGUACACGACAUUCCUGUGACUGUUGUCCCACGGAGACAGUGGGGGAGCCUUGAAGACCCUGUCCUGCCAACUUUUGAUGUUAGUAUAGAUUUCCCAAAUUUCAGGAUUUUGCGAACAAUAGCAGAACGUAUGCGUAACAUCAACUUGUAUUUGGAAGUUGGGGCCAAUUCACUGGGAACACUUGUAAUUGAAACACGAACGGAUAUUGUCAGACUAAGAACUCAGUUCAAUGAUCUCAAUAUAAACAGCACAGCAAAUGCAUUGCCUGAUCCAGAAAAGAUUCGAUCAGUGAGAGUGGAUGUCCGAAAAUUUGUACAAGUUCUGGCUAGUGAACAGUUGCACCCAAACAAAAUGCAGUGUGAUAUAGCUGAUGGCCGCUUGUUGCACCUCUUAGUCAUACAUGAGGAUGUGACUUUGCAUUACUUUUUGUCACAUUAUGACAGCUGAGAUAUGGAAGUAACGCUUCUUUCUUCCUCAAGUAGUGCGGGAGGAAGGGGGGGGGGGGGGGACAGAGAGAGAGAGAGAGAGAGAGAGAGAGAGAGAGAGAGAGAGAGAGAGAGAGAGAGAGAGCUGUUGGAUCACACAUCUAUCAGAGUCAUGAUUAUGGUGGAUGGACUACUGUGGGAUAGUAACUUACUGAUGUGUGAAAAUGCAUUUCCUAAUCAUCUACACAGAAAAGUUUGUCUGCCUGUGGGCAGUAAUUGACAUGUACAGAAAGAAUGUUUGAGCGCAUGCUGCUCACGCUAGAAGUGAUGGUGUAACACAAAUAUAUUGUUCCUGAGAGAACAUGAUUGUGAAAUUGAUUGUACUGAAAUAUUUCUAUUGUAGUGGCAUAACAGUAUCGAUUACCUUGUUCUAUAUUACCAUUUACUACUACUACUACUGUCAAGGAGAACAUGAAGUUUGUUAUACAGUUUAUAUUAUUCACUGGUGUCAGCUUUAUUAUCAAGCAUACAAGUUUUCCCUAACCAUAUAACAAAAUUUUUGUUUAUAUGUGCAUAUACGUAGCAUAUACGUAUCAGCAUAUGCUGAUACAUAUAGCUUCUUAGUAAUUUAUUAUUGAUUCUGUAUUAUCUUUAUUAAAGGUGUUGUCUUGCUAAGUUUGUGGUUAUUGUGCUCAUUGAGUAGAAAAUCAACAAUAUCAGGAAUACACAUACUGGAUUCUGUUGGUACCAUUCCAAGCUAAGUUACAAAUAAAAUGCACUAUACAGGGUGUCUCACCUAACUUUGCCACCUCAAAUAUCUUUGGAACAACAAUAGCUAUUCAAAGACGGUUUUCACCAGCAUGCACGUACGACAGAGACUUACGAAACCAAAUACUAUGCAAAAUUUUAAAACGUAAACAAAUACUGUUUUCAACAAAAACUUGUGUAUUUUUUAAAUGGACACCAACUAUUAUUUCAUAUACAGUUAAUAGGAUGAAAAAUCAAAAAAUAAUGGCAUUGGUUGCACUGUAAUACAUCAGUCACAUCCAGAAAAAUUGCAAAGCGAAGUUGAUGCUUGAAAUAAAUAAAGCGCACAGCUAGCGCACGUCCUGAGAUUCAAGCAUACACCUCUCGCUGUAGGUAAUUGUGAUUUGGUUGACAUACUAUGUCAGUAGAGUGUUAAUGUAUGCUGGGGUAUUGUAUGACAACACAUCAUUAACCCAUAUUUCAUUUAUGGCUCUCCUAAAGGGGGAUAGUUUAGCUCCUACUUGAGCUGGUCCACCUCUUAUAAUGUAUCUAAUAAUGUGGUAUCAGAAUGAUGGAUGUCCUGCACAUAAUGUUUAUUGUUGCAAAAUCACAACUAGAGGUAUAAUUAGUGGUAACACACUUGGUUUCACAUUUUUAAACCUCAUAAGUUCUGAAAUGUGUGGCUUGUAAAGGAUAGCAAUGGCGUCACACAUUCUGACGUAAUGCAUCGCAUGUAGCACUGUGCUCAGUGAAGUGUACACAUGAGUCUCAGGACAUGCGCUAGCUGUGCACUUCAUUUAUUUCAAGUGUCAACUUUGCUUCACAAUUUUUCGGGAUGUAAUUGACAUAUUGCGAUGCAACCAACACCAUUAUUUUCGUGAUUUUUCAUGCUAUUGAUUGCAUGUGAAAUAAUUGUAGGCGUCCAUUUAAAAUACACAUGUUUGUGUUGAAAAUAGUAUUUGUGUACAUUUUAAAAUUUCGCGUAGUAUUUGGUUUCCUAAGCCCAUGCCGUACAUUCAUGCUUGUGAAAACUUUUUUGAAUGUCUAUUGUUGUUCCAGAGAUAUUUGGGGUGGCAGAGUUAGGUGAGACACCCUGUGUAAUGAACAUUCAUCAUCAUCAUCAUCAUCAUUAUUAUUAUUAUUAUUAUUAUUAUUAUUAUUAUUAUUAUUAUUAUUAUUAUUGUAGCAGUUUGACUAUUGCAGGUGCAGCAACUACAUUUGCGAUUGAGUGCCGAGUAGAAUUGUAAAACUACCGUAGGCAUAAGCAAGCAUACACUAUGGUGAUUUUCCAGUAUCUUUGGUCAGUUACAGUUGUACCCACGUCACCUGUAUGUUAGGUGUGUUGCAUAUCUGUCGGGCGUUACGUCAUAAUGACCACUUCCUUUCCAUAUGUGAUCAGUGCCUUACUAGAUUCCCGUAGAAACAGGAAGCGGUGAAUCUUCUGGAAACUGAGUGAACAUAUAUAAAGGGUCAUGGAAUGUACAGAACAUUUUUCUUCUACAUAGUUAUCCUUUGAGAGCUACUUAAAAGUAAACAUUAUUUAUAGCAAAACUGAAGCUCUCAACAUUCAAUGCAGGUUUUAUUCAAGAAUGGUUGAUUUGUGACCAGUAAUGGUGGGAUGUUGUGAAAAUAUAGAAAAUAAAUAAAUAAAUGGCAUGUGACAAGGGCCUCCCGUCAGUAGACCGCUCACCUGGUGCAAGUCUUUCGAUUUGAUGCCACUUCGGCGACUUGAGUGUCGAUGGGGAUGAAAUGAUGAUGAUUAAGACAACAUGACAUCCAGUCCCUGAGCGGAGAAAAUCUCCGACCCAGCCGGGAAUCGAACCCAGGCCCUUUCGAUUGACAGUCUGUCGCACUGACCACUCAGGUACCGGGGGCGGACAAUAUAGAAAAUGAUACAGAUUUAUCAUAUUGCUCUAAAAAAUACAAUUUCCUUCACAAAAAGGUAAAAUAAAUUAAAAAUGCUAAACAAAAUGUAUCAACUAUUGCUUUAAUACUUCAUCAAAGUUAUAUAAAACAUGUUUCUGUUAUUCAUAAACAACUUUCGCAUUUAUCUUGUCUUUGAUCAUGAUGAAAAACAUUCUGUUGAGUAAAAAAUAACAACAGUAAUUGUAUUUUUUGUGUGUGUAUAUUCAAACUGUACUUCCAUCAAAAGUAAAUGCUUUGCUUACAUAAAAGCUCAAAA